AUGGAAAUUCCAAAUUUAAAUUUGGUGUUGCUGGGAAGAACAGGAGUUGGGAAAAGUGCAUCAGGAAACACAAUACUGGGACGAGAAGCUUUCACAUCAAGGAGAAGCUCAACUUCUGUCACUCAAAAUGUAGCUGCUGAAGUCGGUGAUAUUUGUAGAUUACCGAUCACUGUUUAUGACACACCAGGAUUUUAUGGUACAGAGAGUGAGAAAGAGCUUGAGAAAUAUCAGGAGCUUCUGCAGAAAUGUGAAUCAGGCCUGUGUGCAUUUCUCCUGGUUCUCCGGGCUGAUAGAUUCACUCAAGAAGAUCAAGAAACUGUGGAGAAGAUUGAAGAGCUGCUGGGAGAAAAAAGUAAAGACAACACCUGGAUUCUCUUUACCAGAGGAGAUGAACUGGAAGAAGGAAAGACGUCCAUAAAUCAAUUUGUUAAUAGUAAUGGAACCUUGAAGAAACUUAUUCAGAAGUUUCAAGGCAGAUGCCAUGUGUUCAACAACAAUAUUAAAAAAAUAGGAGACCAAGUGAAAUCUCUUAUUUCUAAAAUUUUCCAUUGGAUCUUAGAAAAACGUAAAGUUCCUGUCAACAUCAAGGAUAUUCCAGUCUCCAGACAUUCAUCCAGAAGGAUUAUUCUUCUGGGCAAAACUGGUGUUGGGAAAAGUGCAGCUGGAAACACAAUACUGGGACAGAAAGUGUUCAGAUCUGUGAGGAGAAUGAAUUCAGUAACACAUAAAUGUUCAGAGGGUGACACCACUGUUUCAGGCAGAUCUGUGUCUGUAGUUGAUACUCCUGGAUUUUUUGAUACACAGAUGAGCCAUGAUGAGUUAAUGACAGAGAUAGCGAGAAGUGUUUAUUUAUCCAGUCCUGGACCUCAUGCUUUUCUCAUUGUGUUUCCUCUGACUAUGAAGUUCACUGAUCAGGAGCAGCAGAUUCUUCAGCAGAUUGAGAUGGUGUUUGGUCUGUUAAAAUAUUCCAUCAUUCUCUUCACUUAUGGAGAUCAGCUAGAAGAAGAGCCCAUAGAGGAGCUUAUUAAGCACAACAGCAAAUUAAGAGAUCUAGUUGAUCAGUGUGGAGGCAGAUUUCACGUCCUCAACAAUAAAGAUGAAAAUAACAGAGAGCAGAUGAAUGAUCUGCAGAAGAUCGACACAAUGAUAGAGCAGAAUGGAGGAGGACAUUACAGUAAUCAGAUGUUUGAAGAAGCUGAUAGAUUCAGACAAGAAAAUCCAGGCACUGGAUUUAGGAUGUUUUUUUCUAAGUACAGGAUUUUACUUUAUUUAGCAGCCAUUGUUGUUGGUGGUGUACUUGGUGCUAAAACUGCUGGAGCUAUUGGUGCAGUUGGUGGAGCUGUUGGACUUGUUGGUAUACUUUCAAAACUUGGGAUAUAA